AUGGUAUCCAGUUUUCUGUCACUUUUGCUGCCUCUUCUAUUGCCCUAUACAUCAUCUGCAAGAAAUAUUUCUCUAAAAUGCUUGCAAGACACUGAUGAAUUUCUUUCUGAUUUGAAUUCAAUGGAUCCUAAAGCAUAUGCCAUAAGAAUGUAUGACUCUGUGGGAAAACUUGGUAGCAAUGUACUUAGUGGAAACACAGACAGGCUCGGGUCUUACAGCGAGUGUCUGUCUGCCAGAGCGCCUCUUGGGAACUUCCAGGGGCAGUACUGCAAGCUUCAAAUGCAGCAGGGAGGAGUAAACUAUAUUGUCGCUGUGUGUGUUCCUGAUUCCUGCUCUGGGGAAGACGUGGCAAACCUGGCUCGUUUAGAUAUUUUAAAAUUCAGGAACACUUCAUUUGCAGUCCCUUCCUUGACCCUGUUUGGUUUGAAUUCCACGUCCUCCGUUGGGAGCAGUGCCAGCUGUGCCGUUGGCCUUUUCCCACUCGAUCGGUUUGCUGCUCUGUGUCUGUUUUUUAGCUUGUUCUUCAUUGCUCUCCCAGUGGCUGGCACUAUCUACGUAGAAGUCGUGAAAUGGGAUGCAAAUCAUGAAGAGUCACCCCCAGAUUAUUUACCUUCUGCCGGCUAUGGGAGUUUGUCCAGAGGGUUCAUAGGAACAUUGGAUUAUGUUCUAAGGUGUUUUUCCUGUCAGAAGAACAUUCAAAGCUUGUGGACCCUAAAGACGGCGGAAGGGGACUGUUCCUCACUAAAUGGCAUCCGUGUCUUGAGUCUUUUAUGGAUCGUUUCUGGACACACCGGUCAGAUUACUAGUUGGCUCAAUUUAGAUAAUGCAGUUGAAUGGCGAGCCAAAGUCCUAAAAAAUCCCCUGUACCUCUAUUCUCGCAGCGGGCCAUUCUACCUAGGGGUGGAUACAUUUUUCUUAAUCAGUGGUUGGUUAAGCACGAGGUCAUUUUUAAAGAUGCUUGAAAGAUCAGAAAAAGGAAUAACCUUAAAAAUCAUAUUAAAAUACCUGGGCAGUCGACUCGCAAGGUUGCAGCCUCUCCACCUCUAUUCAGUGUGUGUGCUUGUUGGAUUGUAUUCCCUUGUUCCUUGGGGAUCAGUCUGGGAGGUCCCCAAAUUCCAUCUGGAUAACUGCAGGCGUGUCUGGUGGACGAAUCUGCUCCUACUAAACAACUUCAUCUCCGUAAAAGAGGCCUGCAAUGGCUGGACCUGGUAUCUGGCUGAUGAUUUCCAUUUUCAUCUCUCAGUGCCACCGGUGGUCUUCGUCCAUGGAAAGGGGAAGUGUGCAUUCUUUCUCCUUGUGGCCAUGCUCUUCCUGACCUCUUUUACAGUGACUGCUCUUCUGUCUCUGCUCUUCAAACUCCCUGUUGCCUCCCCUUCAGAUGCAAGAGAAAAUUCUGCCUCACAAUAUUUCCUGGAAUACUACAGCAAGCCCUACUGCCGAUAUGGACCAUUUCUCGUGGGUAUCAUACUGAGUCUUUUCAUGCACCACCAGCAGACACAAGUCCUGAAACACAAGGCACAGGCUCUAGCCGGGUGGCUGUGCUCCCUGUUUACACUUCUAGCAGUGGUUUCUCUGGCCUAUACAGUGGACGAUUCCUUUGACUCCUACUCGACUACAGCUGCUGUCUAUCAAGCCCUUCACAGAACCGCCUGGGCUGCUGCUGGGGGCUGGAUUAUUUUUGCCUGCCAGGAAGGUUAUGGAGGCCCCUUGAACCAAAUGCUUUCCUGGAACAUCUGGAGUUUCCUUGCGAAAAUCAGUUAUGCCUGCUACUUGAUGCAUCCUAUGCUGAUCAUCCUCUACAAUGGUCUCCAGGAAACUCUGAUUCACUAUACUGAUACCACCAUGUUCUAUCUGUUUUCUGGGCACUGCUUACUGACGUUUGUCUCUGGGCUGGCAUUGACAGUGUUGGUGGAGAAGCCAUUUCAAGAGCUGAAACGGAUAUUCAUAGGGUAAUUUCU